CAAGAGGGAGCUGUGUUCAGAGAGCAGCUGGACAGAGGGAGGAGGAGGAGGGGGUGGAGAGACACAGAGUUUCCUCUUUUACAGAAACAUCACUCUCAAAAGAAGGGACACAGCCAUUGCCCCCCUCCUGCAGCAUGGGACAGCCUGAUACCCCCUGUCCGCCUCAUGUACCCUAUUGAGCAGGGGCUGGGGGUAGAUGGGGUCCUGUACAAGUGCCCCAGCUCACUAUUCCUACUGGGGGCCGUUUGCCAUCUUAAAGUGCUGGGAACUGUGCUGGAUUAUUUGUUCCUGAACUCCUGUGAAAGAAUCAACAACUGCUGGAUCUUCUCUUGUGCUCUGUAUUAUAGGUUUCUGGGAAUCAAAGGGUUACAGCUCCCCCCAUGCUGGAUCCCGAGAUGAGUGUAGGGGGGAUCCCUCCUGUAAGGAAGCUCUGAGCUCAGCAGGAUUUCCUGGGGUAACUUCACUGAAGUAGGAGCCAGCCCCCCACAUUCCUGCCACUUGGAUUUCAUGCUGGAUAUUUGGAACAUCAAAGGGAAAAUAAUAUACAGUUUAUCUCAAGGCAGUUGUUUUAAGUUGAACAUCGUGGGAAUUUAUAGCCUCUCAUUUUUUUAGACAUUUAUCUUAAGUUUAUGCUGAUUCUUUGCUGGAUAGAACAAAAAAAUGCUGAGCUCAGGUUAAUUUUCUAGAUCUGAGACAAAGCUGUGUUUAUUUUUUAAAACUUCUUGAAACACUUUGUAAACUUUCCUUUUUUUGGUCAAAAUCUUUUUAUUUAGCAUUAUUUAUUGCCAAAUCAUCAUUUGUAUUGUUUGCUGUAUGUGUAGUUAUUAUGGAUUUUAAGAUCUGCCCCAUAAGGUUGCCCUGCUGAAGGAAGGUUCCUUUAUGUAUUUGGUGACAUUGUUGCCAGCUGAAAAUGGCAUCAAGCUGUGGAGGGGCAAUGGGAUCUGUCAACAACAUGGCAUUACCUUGGUACCAUCGAGACCUGAGCCGGGCGGCUGCUGAAGAACUUCUGGCUAAGGCUGGCAGAGAUGGGAGCUUCUUGGUGAGGGACAGCGAGAGUGUGACAGGGGCCUAUGCCCUGUGUGUCCUACCUCUCUGGGAGUCCAGGUGCGACGCUUCAAGACUCUGGGAGACCUGAUUGCUCUAUACCUGCAGCCAAACCAGGGCAUGGUGUGCACUCUGCUCUACCCAGUGGAAAGAGAGAAGGAGAAGGAAACUGCAGAGGACAGAGACUACUCAGAUGGGGAAGAUGAGAAGCCCCCUCUGCCGCCGCGCUCUGCUUCUGCCAGUUUCUCUGGAAGCUCUGGACAGAGUCUGGUACCCUGCGGGCAGGAUGCCAACACCACCGAGAGUUCCACCAACGGGCUCAGCACGGUGUCUCGUGAGUACCUCAAAGGGGACUAUGCGUUAGAUCUGGAAGCUGUAAAGUCUGGAGCCACCAGCUUGCCCCACCUCAACAAGACUCUAGUGACGUCCUGCAAAAAACUACAUGGGGAGGUCGAUAAAGUAUUAUCUGGACUGGAGAUUCUCUCAAAAGUCUUUGACCAGCAAAGUUCCCCCAUGGUGUCAAAGAUACUCCAACAGGCUGCAAAUCAGAGCGGAGAGCAGGAGCUGGAGAGCCUUGUUAUUAAACUGUCUGUGCUGAAGGAUUUUCUCUCCAACAUUGAAAAGAAGGCCCUGAAAGCUCUGCAAGACAUGAGCAGCACCGCACAGUCCGCCCCUAUCCCACAAUCCUCCAGGAAGACCAAGACUAUGCCAGUACAGACGUUUGAGGUUAAGCUAGACAUGGCCGACCUCACCAAGAUUGUGAAAUCACAGAAGUACAUGCUGAGCGUGGAUGUUGAGGGAGGGAAACUCGUGGUCAUGAAGAAAGUAAAGGAUUCCCAGGAGGACUGGAACACGUUCACCCACGACAAAAUCCGACAACUGAUAAAGUCUCAGCGUGUGCCGUGCAAACUGGGUAUUGUGUUUGAGAAGGAGAAAGACCGGACUCAACGCAAGGACUUCAUCUUUCUCAACGCCAGGAAAAGAGAAGCGUUUUGCCAGCUGCUACAACUUAUGAAAAACAAGCACUCGAACCAGGAUGAGCCAGACAUGAUAUCCGUCUUUAUUGGAUCCUGGAACAUGGGAAGUGUCCCGUCUCAGAAGAACAUCACGUCCUGGUUCAGCUCUAAAGGCUUGGGGAAGACUCUGGACGAGAUGACGGUCACCAUCCCGCACGAUAUCUACGUUUUUGGGACGCAGGAGAAUUCUAUAGGAGAUAAGGAAUGGGUGGACUUCUUGCGCUCGGUGCUAAAAGACUGCACAGAAGUGGAAUAUAGACCGGUCGCUAUGCAGUCUUUAUGGAACAUUAAAAUUGCGGUGCUGGUCCGACCAGAACACGAGAAUCGUAUAAGCCACAUAAGCACCUCCAGUGUGAAGACCGGAAUCGCCAACACUUUAGGGAAUAAAGGCGCAGUGGGAAUCUCCUUCAUGUUUAACGGCACCUCGUUUGGGUUUGUAAACUGUCAUCUGACUUCGGGCAACGAGAAGACUGCGCGGCGCAACCAGAACUACUUAGAUAUCCUACGGCUCCUCUCCCUCGGUGACAAGCAGCUGAACUCCUUCGAUAUCUCUCUGCGCUUCACCCAUCUCUUCUGGUUUGGAGAUCUCAACUACAGGCUGGAUAUGGACGUUCAGGAGAUCCUGAACUACAUCAGUCGAAAGGAGUUUGACCCUUUGCUGAAAGUGGACCAGCUGAAUUUGGAGAAGGAAAAGAACAAGAUAUUCCUGCGAUUCAGCGAGGAAGAGAUUGUGUUUCCGCCCACUUACCGAUAUGAGAAGGGAUCCCGUGACACUUAUGUGUGGCACAAACAUAAACCCACUGGGAUGCGCACAAAUGUCCCCUCCUGGUGUGAUCGCAUCCUAUGGAAAUCUUACCCUGAAACGCACAUCAUCUGCAAUUCCUAUGGAUGCACAGAUGACAUAAUGACCAGUGACCACUCUCCUGUCUUUGCAACGUUUGAAGUUGGUGUGACGUCUCAGUUUGUUUCCAAAAAAGGUCUUCCGAAAGCCUCAGACCAGGCCUACAUAGAAUUUGAGAGCAUUGAAGCCAUUGUGAAGACCGCAAGCAGGACCAAGUUUUUCAUUGAGUUUUACUCUGGCUGCCUAGAAGAGUUUAAAAAGAGCAGUGAGAACGACUUUCAAAGCAGCGAUAACGUCAACUUCUUGAAAGUUCAGUGGUCGUCGAGGCAGCUUCCAGUUCUUAAACCCAUUCUGUCUGAGAUAGAAUAUCUGCAGGAUCAGCACUUGCUGCUUACAGUAAAAUCGCUUGAUGGCUACGAGUCUUAUGGGGAGUGUGUUAUUGCCCUGAAGUCGAUGAUUGGCAGCACCGCUCAGCAGUUCCUAACUUAUCUCUCCCACCGCGGAGAGGAGACGGGCAACAUUCGUGGCUCCAUGAAAGUGCGUGUACCUGCAGAGCGAAUUGGCACCAGAGAGAGGCUCUAUGAAUGGAUCAGCAUUGACAAGGAUGAAACUGGAGCUGUGAAAGGGAAACCGCCAUCAAUCUCACGACCUAACCACGAAUUCACCAAAUCUGCAAGUCGGAAACAUCUCCCAGCAGAUAAUACUGGACCCACUCUUGGAAAAUUAUUUGAAGAUCCAGAGAAAACUCAGCCCAACACCAGCUGCCGUCCUCCUGCUGCGCUACCGGGGAUUAUUAAAGAGGACCCAACCCUGGCACGAUGUAAGACUGAGGCGCAGGUGGAGAGUGAAGGUUUGGGAAUAAAGACCAGCUUUAACAACCCGGCAUACUAUGUCUUAGAGGGGGUACCACACCAGCUUCUGACACCUGAUGGGCAACCGGUUACUCCUGGAACUGCCAAGAACAAGGUGCAGAUCACUGUGCCCUCUGUCUAUGGAGACAAGCGGCGCCCUCAGCUGCAUCUUAACCGAGGAGAAGAGGCUUCUUCUGAUGAGGAUGGGGGCACCUUGAACCUGCCACCUCCUGACUUCCCACCACCACCUCUCCCUAAAACUGUAGAGUUUGAGAUGAUGGACAACCCCUUCUAUAUGACCUCAUCAGAGCUACACUCUCGGCAGGGAGAGGAAAGUGAUCAGAGGCCAGCAGUGGGAAAAACCAGGGUGGGUGUCACUUUCAGUGAACCCCCUGAAACCAAGUACCACCCCAAAGCCCAGCCACGGACCCAAAUGUCUACUCCCCAAAAUCCAUACAUGGCCGAGCCCCAUGGAAAUUCACAGCAACAUGCACAGCAAGAUGAUCGCUCUUGCUCUGUGCUGCAGAUGGCACGGACUCUCAGUGAAGUGGACUACUCUGGUGGCAAGGUUGAUCUCUUAGUGAGGGAAUCUCAGAGCCGGGCAUCACACCUAAUAUCAGGGAAGGGCAAACUGGAUCUACCACCACGGUGUAUGGAUUAUACCCGCUCUUCAGCACUAGGCUUUCCACCACACUGCAUCCGUGAGAGCAUACAGGAAGACCUGGCUGAAGAGGCUCUUUAUCAAGGUGGACGAAGUUCCAGUCUGCGGGAGUCCAGUGUGGGCAAUUGGCUGCGAAGUAUUGGGCUAGAGAGAUAUGAGGAAGGUCUAAUACACAACGGCUGGGAUGACCUGGAGUUUCUCAGCGAUAUUGUAGAGGAAGACCUGGAGGAGGCCGGGGUGCUGGAUUCCACCCAUAAACAGAGGAUCCUGGAGAGCCUUCAGCAGCGCAAGUAGAUGCCCUCUGUGCGGGCUUACCAAGGGUAGUGAUGCCGUUUGUUGCCUUCUUGCGCAUGAGUUGGAUAUCGCCAGCUCGCCAAGGCCGUAUCCCCUAACCCUCUGGUAGGGAUGACGUUACAACUCUUCCUCCAUCCUCGGGGGAUUUUUUUUUUUUUGUAUAGAGAUUUCUUCCACAGCAAAAGCACUGACUCAUUUUGUGUUAAAUAUUGUGUAUUUAAUCAGAGUUCAUACUUUGUUAUAAAAGCGUCACGUUUAUUUCAUAGUUCAUUACUAGACCAAAAUGAUCAUCCUGCCAGUCACAUGGGAACUGUUACUAUGGUAACUAAAGAACUGCAGCCAAUGUUCCACAACAUUACAGGAAACCAGAGUGGAUCAUAUUAUGGACUGGGGAAAAAAAGUCUUAUUGAGCCAUUAAUAUGUUCAUGGUUGCAGAAAUCGCCCUCAUCUCUAUCAUCCACUGCCAUUUUAUCUUUGUUUUUAAAAAUGACUCUUAAAAACGUAUCUUGUCAUUGCUGGUGCUAUGCAAAGCCAGGAA